AGAACCUGCCGUAGAGCUGUAUGUCCAUACGGCUCGAGGAGAUCAAGGAGGCCAUUCGCCGUGAGAUCCGCAAGGAGCUGAAGAUCAAAGAGGGCGCCGAGAAGCUGCGCGAGGUGGCCAAGGACCGGCGCUCCCGCAGCGAUGUGGCGGUGCUCGUGAAGAAGAGCAAGAGCAAAUUGGCGGAACUCAAGUCCGAGCUGCAGGAGCUGGAGAGUCAAAUACUCCUAACGUCCGCCAACACGGCCGUCAACAGCAAUGGACAAGAAUCGAUUAAUGCCAACAUCGAUCCCAAUGGCGGGAUAAUUAUGGGCGGUGCCCUGAGGGGCGGUGGUGGCACCGGCGCAACCUCCACCGCCAACGACAAAGUCCUGACGUCGCUGGAAAAGCAGCUGCAGAUCGAGAUAAAGGUGAAGACGGGGGCGGAUAACAUGAUCCAGUCACUGGGCGCCGGCUGCGACAAGAAGCUGCUGGCGGAGGCCCACCAAAUGCUGGCCGACUCGAAGGCCAAAAUCGAGUUUCUGCGGCUGCGGAUCAUCAAGGUCAAACAGAAUCGUGAGCAGGCCGAUAGGCUGAUGGACGAUGGCCAGCCCCAGAGCCUGGAGACGACGCUGGAGGAGCGCAUCGAGGAGCUGCGUCAUCGGCUGCGCAUCGAGGCGGCCGUCGUGGACGGAUCCAAGAAUGUCAUACGAACUCUCCAGACGGCGAAUCGAGCCCCAGACAAGAAGGCGCUGCAGGAGGUGAGUGUCUAGACCCCAGACCCCAGA